AUGUCGAAGCCCGGAACGCCCAGCAACUCCGGCUCAAACUCCCUGCUCCUCCGCCGCCAGCUCACCGAGCUCACGAAGCACCCCGUCGAGGGCUUCUCAGCAGGCCUCGUCGACGACAGCAACCUCUUUGAGUGGGAGGUGCUUCUCAUUGGGCCGCCAGACACGCUCUACGAGGGUGGCUUCUUCAAGGCCCGAUUGUCGUUUCCGCCCGAGUUUCCGCUCCUCCCGCCGAAGAUGAAGUUCCUCACCCCGAUGUGGCAUCCUAACAUCUAUCCAGACGGCAACGUCUGUAUCAGCAUCCUGCACCCACCUGGCGAGGACCAGUACGGGUACGAGGAUGCUGGCGAGCGAUGGCUCCCGGUGCAUACAGUCGAGUCCAUCCUCCUGUCCGUGCUGUCCAUGCUCUCGUCGGAUACGCCGAACACGGACAGUCCCGCGAACGUCGAUGCCGCGAAGGAGGUGCGGGAGAACCCAGACGCCUACAAGAAGAAGGUUCGUCGGCUCGCGCGCCGAAGCGCAGAAGAGGCCUACGAUUAAGGUGGCUGGACUCCAUCGGCUUGCGGAGAACGCUCGGCGACGCUUGCGAUGUAUCCUGUCGUCUACUCACGAUGAAGCCUCUCGCGUCUACUAUCACAUCCCUUGUACAUAUCACCCCAUCGCUUUCGUUUUACUCUCACAUCACGAUAAUCAAGUCUCGAUAACCCUAGA